AUGGCAUUCGGGGCAAAGGCACGAGUGUGGCUGGCAGGGCCCUGGCCGUCCCCGGGCAGGGCGCGCGCACCGGGCGCCGGAGCCGCUCCGGCCCCCAAGGCGGUGCUGCCCUUCGAAGCCAUCCCGCGCUGUCCCGGCAACAGGUGGAUGAGGUUGCUGCAGAUCUGGAAGGAGCAGCGCCUGGAGAACUUUCACCUGGAGGUGCACCAGCUCUUCCAGGAGCUGGGGCCCAUUUUUAGGUAUGACGUGGGAGGGACACGCAUGGUGCUCCUGAUGCUGCCCGAGGAUGUGCAGAGGCUACAGCAAGUGGACGGCCAUCAACCGUGGCGGCCGCCCCUGGACCCCUGGCUGGCCUACCGACAGCAUCGCGGGCACAAAUGUGGCGUGUUCUUGCUAAACGGGCCCGAAUGGCGCAUGAACCGACUGAAGCUGAACCCAGACGUGCUGUCGCCUCAGGCCGUCCAGAAGUACCUGCCCAUGGUGGACUGGGUGGCAAGGGAUUUCUCGAAGGCCCUGAGGUCGAGAGUGCUGCAGAAUGCCCGGGGGAGUCUGACCGUGGACAUCCAGCCCAGCAUCCUCUCCUACACCAUA